AGUGUGGUCCCGUCGGCGGCCCGUCCUGCCCGCGGCCGCCAUCUUGUGCGGGAGGCGGUGGCCUCGCUGCGCGGAGGAGCCGCGGCCGCGCCCCCCGUCCCCCGUCCCGCCUCCCGCCUCGUCCCGCCGCCUCUCGCCGCCUCCUGCCGCCGCGGCGCCAUGUCUGCCGAGAGCCCCGAGCCCGCCUCGGCCGAGGAGCAGAAGGAAAUGGAAGAUAAGGUGAUCAGCCCAGAAAAAGCUGAAGAAGCAAAAUUGAAAGCAAGGUACCCUCACCUGGGCCAGAAGCCGGGAGGCUCAGACUUCUUGAGGAAGAGGCUCCAGAAAGGGCAAAAAUACUUUGAUUCCGGAGAUUACAACAUGGCUAAAGCAAAGAUGAAGAAUAAGCAACUGCCCACUGCAGCUCCUGACAAGACAGAAGUCACGGGUGACCAUAUUCCCACUCCACAGGAUCUUCCCCAGCGGAAACCGUCUCUAGUUGCUAGCAAGCUGGCUGGCUGACGAGAACAGCCGAACUGCAUGAUUAUUCUCAUUCCUGUUAUUUCUCCUUAAUAGUUAUUUCUCACCCUCACAUCCCCCAUGUUUCCUUUCUUACACUAAGUCAUGAGACUGACAGCUUUGCAGGUAGCGGUAGCAUGUGCUGCUAUUGUAAGGGAGUACUGUUAAGAGUAAAACGUAGUAUUUGGACUAGCUGAGAACAAUGCACUGAUUAAAAAGGCUAAGUUUGGUUAGAGCUCUGUAAUCUACUUGAACAUGUACAUAUUGCCCAUUUCCUAGUGUAGGACUGGUUCCAGCAAGUGACAUCGCAAGUUUUACAACUUACAAUGUUUCUGCUUUUGUUAUUUCAUCUUAAUUACAGCAUAUUUGUAUUUAAUAUAACCUCCAGUUGUGUUGGGUUUUUCUUCUGUGUUUGGGUUUGUUGUCCAAAAUAGAGAUUUAAACCACAAGUUGCUAGAUGGUAAAGCAUGUAUAAAACCAAGACAGGUCUCUGAUUGAAUUUUGUUUCUGCUUUUGAACUUGAACGGCCUUAAACCUGUUUCAGCUUUAACAAUAGAGUUUUUACUUGGGCAAUAUUUGCCCAUUCUGGUGUAACUCUUGUGAACCUAGUGCUUAUUGACAACUGCCUGUUGAAGCUGGUAUUCUUUUCAGUUCCGUAGCUUAGGACAGACUUCUGUUGAAGAUGUGAAUGAAGUGUGCAUGUGCAUAGACUGUUGAAUUCACUCUUGUGCCAUUUUUGUAAAUACAAUAGUUUUGCACAACCUUUUGCAAACGUCUUAGUUUUACAUUUUAGAAAGCAGAUAAUGUGCCAAUCAAAGCACAAGUGAUUCUGUGUCUUUCAAAGUCUUGUCCUGAAGCUAAGAGCCCAGGAUCUUGCUACUGAAAGUAAAAUCUGGAUACCUGAAAUCUGUGAAACACUGAAAUUUACACUUGACUCAGCCUUAUGCUUUUGUGGUUGUGUAUUUUGUUUUACAACAAUGUCCGUCAUUCAGAUGAAAUCUGGAAUUUGCACCCCUAUUGGAGGCCAGUGCCCUUUCUGCUCAGCAGCUCUUUAAGCUUCUAAAGGUGAAAUGCUCUGGUGAGGUGGGAGAUGGCUAAAUGUACCGUUCUACAGAGUCUUGUGUGUGGCAAACUCCACAGCUGGGCGUGCGAAGGUUGAUGUGCAAUUGUCUUUGGGCUGUUUUAACUUGGGGAAGCGGAAGAGUAUCAUUUUCUUCAUUUUUAAUUUCUGAAGUGGUGGUAAACUAACUCAUGUUCUCUUGCGCAGCAGCCCCUCACUGGCCUUGGGGAAACAAAGAACUGGCAGUGGUGUUUAUGUAAUGACCUAUUGGGAAAUAGGUCACUUUUCGUAUCAGAAAGAAGGAGCGAAUGUCAGUUCAUCUUUCUGGUGCAGGUCGUAAGUACUAGAUGGCUAAAAUACACGCUUGAUAUCGGACAGGUAACUUCCCGCCUUUAAAAGCAUGUUUGUUCAGUGAAAUCAGAAUAUUAAAAGUGCAGUAUGAUCCAUAACAUGACUCAUUUUUAUAGGGAGCCACAGCCUUGGUAUUCUUUGGGAAUAUAAGAAACUCUUUAGAAAGACCAGUUUCCUGAAUACUUCUUUCUUUAAAGAAACAGUUCUGAAACCGCCUAUUAAAGCACCGCUGUGGGUAUUAGAAGAGAAAGUAGUCUUAAAGGUGCAUGUUUUCAGAAGGAUGUGUUUUGUGUUGACGUAUUCAGCAAGGCCUUACAAGAUAAAGCACUGCCGGUCAGAAGGAGCACUGGCUUUGUGCUCCGCAGUGCUCCCUUCUGAAGGCAAACACAAGAAAGCGAUCCAGAGAAAAUGGGAAGUCUUCAUUUGGUCCUGACUUGAUCCGAGUGUGAGCAAAGUAUAGCGGUGUCUAUGGAACCGCUCGUUCCAGAGCUGUGAAAUUGUUAACCUGAUUCUUUCCAAGCCUGUGUCGCCCUUUUCUAGUAACGGAAUGGGCUGUGUCAGGGCUGUCCUUAUUCCUUAUCUUCCACUAGUACUAUAAAGAAUAAGUGAUUUCUGCAGAACAGGUUGAAGAAAUGGACUUGCUUGCCUUCUUUAAGUAAGAAAUGAGGCUGGGAGAAUAGCAAGGAAACUGGAUAUAUAGAAGCAAACUGCUUUUUAUAGAUGUUUGUCCUAAUGUGAAAAUCCCUGUUUAUUUUUGUAUGUGUAAAUGAAACUUAACGAUAGGACUGGGCCUGAAGCAGAUUUUGGACAAUUGAAGGUGACUUGCGGUGCGUUGUCCGGUGCCGCUGUUCGGGGCUCGCAUACGGUGAGCUUUCCUGAUGUUUGGGAAGGUUUAAAAAAUAGCCAUUUAAAUGUAGACAUUCCACUCGCUUACCCGCAACUCGGCUUGUGCUGCUGGUUGGACAACACGAGCUCUUCCCGUGGCCACCCGGUGACUUGCAGUUCUUAAGGUGAUUAGAGAUUCAGCUCUGAAUAUAUUGUCCACGUGUCAGUGAGAAGUACUGUAACACUAGCGAGGGCAGUGAGUGGUUACAGGCGUUCACAGCGGGCAGACCUCAGCAGCGGGCACGGCUGUUUUGAUCCCGUACACUGUGUAAAACUUAAGCCCAAGAAUCACGUAACAGUAAAUCAAACGUGACUGCAAAUCGAUGCUUACUUUCAGCUUAUUCCAGCAAGAUAACUCAGCUAUCCAAACUUAUGUACAUAAUGUAUUAUAUGAGUUUUACCAUUUGAUAAUUACCUUUUUCAAAGAAAACCUGUCCACGCUGUAGACUGGCAGUCCCUUUCCUAUCUUGCCUUUAUAAAGAUAGUGUUUAGUUAUUAGAGUAGUACCCACGUAGGCUUCUAAGAGCAGAUAGCACCAACAUUUUAGUCGAGAUAGUUAAGUGAACUAAUGACAACUUCACUGCUAUGUCCCCAAAUCCGUAGCACCAAAGGCUUCCCUCUCGUUGUUCUGGAUGUGGUAGGACAGUGUUUGUGUAAAAGCCACACAAGUACAUUUUGUUGGACGUAUUUCCACCCAGUCAAGAUGAUAAGGUGAUAAAAAUGUCAAUUGUUCUCUCCAAACUUACACAUUGUAUAGUAUACAGAAUAAAUUGAUCUACUUAGUUUUUAUUGCAAUGUGUAGAUUUGUCUCGUCUUUACUGUGGUUUCCUAAAAGAUUCUGCACACUUCGGUAUUCUCCAUGGAAAAUUUCUAACCCCUAAAUCUUGCUACUCUGUAUGAUUAAAAACACGACUGGGCUUUGGUUUCUAGUAUGUUAGACUACAGAAUUACUUUAAUGUAAUCACAUUUAUAUAUAUUUCAGUGCUUAUUUUUCUAAUAAGGCAAUUAAAGCUUAUUGUUUGAAAACUC